GCCUUGCGCAUGUGCGCCCCAAUCGCAACCCUCGGCCUGCGUUGCGCGCUCGUACCCUGCUCCUCGCGCGUGUGCGUCCGUACCUGCGACGCCUUCUCUUACUCGGCCUCGGCUUCCANNGCCUGCUCCUUCGCGCGUCGCAUCCAUCGCCCGCGGGCUCCAAUCGCCUCCUGCGCAUCCCCAUGCGCCCGCUGCGUCGCACGCACCUCCCCCGUCCGCGGACUGCUCACCCGCGCGCCAACCGCGCCCCGGCGUUACACCCCCGAACGCCAAUGCGUCCCAAUCAACCUCCGACACCAUCCGCAUGUCGCUCGAUCCUGCGGCUCUACCAUCGGUCGUGCACCCCCGCACACUAUCUUGCUCCGUCCAACCGCGCGCAUCAUGGGCCGAUGCGCGCCAUUCGCCCAUUAGCCGAUCGCCGUCGUCCUUCUCGUCGGCGAUCGUCACCGACGCACGGUCAUCGGCAUCAUCGCGAGGAGCAUGUACGUGCAAGGCUGAAGAUUACGAUGCCGACACAUGGUGGCAAUGGGUGUCACAUGUUUACAAGAACAAAGGCGAGCAAAUCAGAUGGAGGGAUUUUGAGAAGGACCUGAUUAUCAGGUUUGGGUCUAGUGAUUAUUUCUAUUAUGAUGAGGCCUUGACAAGGAUUCGCCAAACUGCUAGUCUACGCGACUAUCAAAAGGAGUUUGAGAGAAUUGCGAGCCAGGUACGCGAUUGGCCCGAGAGUGCAUUUGUUGGUGCAUUUGUUGGAGGUCUGAAGGCUGAGUUAGCUGUGGAGGUACGACUGGACAGGCCAAGAUCGACAAGGGCCACCAUGGAAGCAGCGCGACUGCACGUGGAUCAUCUCGCAGCAGUGCGCAAGGCAAGGCCGAGCGAGGGGCGCACGGAAGUUCUGCGCGCGAGCGUCGCGAUUGACGAUACGCCCCCACGGACCAAGUUCAAACCGGCA